AUGGCUUCUUCAAAUAUGUUCACAGAUGAUAUCUUGCUCGAGAUAUUUGUUUAUCUUCCACUAAAUUCAAUCUAUAAGUUUAAAUGUUUAUCAAAGGUAUGGUCGUUUAACCUCUCAAACCCUAAUUUCAUUAUCAAAUGGUUUCGUAUCAAUAAUAGGUCUCUCCCAUUGAUACAAUAUUAUGCAAUUACUCCCCCCCAAGAUUCUGCUGAAAAACAAAAUCCCUUGAGAUUUAGAAAGGCAUAUAAUGAAUUACAUACAGAGUUUAUGUCUAGAAAUGAAUACUUGUUCUCUUUUAAGUUUCUUGUAAAUCAGAAACCAUUCCAAGGAGCAGAAGUUUACAUGUUAGGUACUAGUAAUGGUCUGGUACUUUUUGUGAGUAUUCAUCAUCAUUCACAAGUAACAGGGACAGAUAUUCAUCAAAGAUAUUAUGUUUGUAAUCCACUUACUCAAAAAUGGGUUUCACUUCCUUCACCGCCGGGUUCCCCGGUUAGUGGAUUUGAUGUUAGUGGUAUAUUUUGUGAGGACUCAACAUCAUUCGCUAGUUGUUAUAAAGUUGUGCGUAUUCCAAGAAUUUAUAGUCCUUCAAAGCAAUCCAAUGUUGAUAUAUUUUGUUCCGAUCUGGGUGUGUGGGAAAGUUUCCAGGUUUAUUGUGAUAAAAUUGUUGUGGGGAGAAUCUGCGGAUGGUGUAAUUUUAAUAAAGUUGUUAUCAUUGAUGGUGUUUUGUUCUGGCUUGAAGGGUGGGAUACAAUGCUAAUUUACAAUCUCAAUCAGAACAAUGGAAGUGAUGGACAUCGAUGUACUUUGAUUAAUUUGCCUGCUGCUGCUGAUGACGACGAUUACAAUAGCUAUGACACUAUUCUUGGGGAGUCAGAAGGUUGGGUAUGUUACGCUAAAACUAGACGGACAGGAAGGGAACUGACCGUGAGUGUUUGGGUGCUCGAUGAGGUCAACUGGAAAAUAUUGCACAAUGAUGUUUCAGUAAACAAUAUUUUAGCAGAAAUGCAUUCUCAGAUACGUGAAGACGCACCCUUUGAAGUUCUAGGUUUUAGUCCAGUAGACCGUAAUGUUAUUUUGCUCAGUUCCAAGAACUGGGUUCGGGAAUUUAAUAUCGAAACCAGAAGCUUUGCAGACCUCUGCUUGGAUAACAGACAUGUAUAUCAUGCAGGUGUGACGUUCCUGCCGUUUGUGCUGCAGCCAAUGCCAACAGUACUUCCACCGCCCUCUUGGAUAAAUACUAGAGACUGA